AUAUGGGUCUAUCCUCCAGGUCACACAGAACCGCACAGCGGCUGUAGGAGUCAAAUAGAUCCGCUGAUGCAUUUACUUGCGUGCGUGUGUAAACCGACACUCCCCACACCUGCAACGUGUCUGUGUCUGCGUGAGUUCAGCUGAUCCCAGAUUGAUGUUCUGAUUCCAGGUUCGGUUCUGCUGCUUUUUGAACCGUUAAGCUAGACUUGGCUUCCACACAGAACUAUAUGAAGUGGAAACUGUACAAUCUGCCUGUAACUGAGAAAUACUGCAUUUAUGUCCUGUUGUUAAAUGCAACACUUGCAGCAUCUGCAUGGAGAAAACGUUGAUUAAGGUGUUGGUACUGUAACAUGGGUGACAGUACCUGCUGCUGUGUAGAUGUAUUUAUUAGUCCUAUGUUUUUCUUUUUAUUGUUCUGUCCAGCAGUUUAACAAGCACCAUGGAUUAGGCUGAAUGCUGUAUUGUGAUGGACAGUUUUGCUUUUACAAGAGGAGUAUAUAAGAAAUAUAUAUACUCUUCUUGAUUAAUGGUUUAUUUAAUGGUUUAUUUAGUCAAUCUUAAGUAUGUGUGAUGUCGCUGUGCUGGUGGACAGGUUGAGUUUGUGCGUUGGGGUGUGUGUGCUGGAGGGGGUGCAACCAGCUGCUGAAACCAAACAAAUCAGUUAAGCAAACAAUCGGCGCAAAACAAAUAAGUAGGAAUGUACCUUAGGCUAACACAUUCAUAACUAAACAACUGCUGUACUGUGGUUUACCCUAAUCACACGUUAAUGAUAUUGAUAGUAAUAAGUAUCAGUAAUACUUAUAGUAAUACAGUUAGGUUUAGAAAGCCUGUUUAUCAGCUCAGGUGUUGAGUCCCACUACAAGGUUAGUAAAGCUGUAGCUUAACAUUAUUCACCCAAAGGGUGAGGCAGACGUUGGGGCAUGAACAAUGCCACUUGUGGAAGCCAGGGUGAUGUGAGGGGCUCGGCCACUACGCCCAUCCAGCAAGCAGAGGAAAUAAUCCCAGCAGCCAGGGAGCCCACACACCUUCAGUUCCAGGAGGCAGGUGUCACGACCCAAACCGCCCACACAGAGCCCCCCACAGACUGCAGCAGCCACAGAGACAGCACCGAGUGUGGGCCACCGGGGGUCAACGCCACGGUCCGUAGGGAGCCCACCAGGAGAUGCCCCCGCGCCCAGAGUGGGACCCACCCCCAGUCCACCACCCCACACGAGUGGAGCGGGGCCGACCCAGUCCUGGUGGUUUCAGGCUGGCUUCCUCGACACCAGACAGCGUUAACAGACAAGCGAGGCUGACUGAGCUGAAGAUGAGUUGAGCUGUUGUGUAACGAUUCUUCUCCAACUGAUGAAUGUAGCUUGUCUCGGGCCGUUGACGUCAUUCUUGGCUUCUCCAGCCCAGUGCACCAUGGGUCCUGUAUUGGUGCUCGUGUGCGUCCUCUCACUCGCGACAGGGCGUGCUGUAUUGGGUGGCUUCAAAGACAUGGCGGCACCGUGUCCGGUCCAGUGUGUGUGUGAGACACGGCCUUGGUACACGCCUCAGUCUCUGUACCACCAGGCCAAGACGGUGGACUGCAACGAGCUGCACCUGCACCAGGUCCCAGCCAACGUGUCGUCUGACACACAGGUUCUGUUGCUUCAGAGUAACAACAUCUCCUCAGUCACUUCAGAACUGCAGAACUUGACCAACCUGACUGAGCUGGACCUGUCACAGAACCACUUCACACAGGUCAGCUCUAUGGGUCUUUCCUGUCUGGUUUACCUGGUGACGCUGUACCUUGAGGAGAAUCACAUCGAGGAGCUGGAGGACUUCAGUUUGAGGAACUUGUCCAGUCUGGAGGAGCUUUACAUCAACCACAACCGCAUCUCCUCCAUUGGACCCAGAGCCUUUGCUGGUCUCACCAACCUGCUGCGGCUCCAUCUGAACUCCAACCGCUUGGUGGCCAUAGACAGUCGCUGGUUCAAGUCCCUGCCUUCUCUUGAGAUCUUAAUGAUAGGGGAAAAUCCCAUUCUGGGCCUGGAGGAGAAGAACUUCCUUCCUCUGUCCCGCCUUCACAGCCUUGUGUUGGCUGGAAUAGGACUGACCUCUGUCCCCUCUGCCGCCUUCCUGGGCCUUGAGGACCUAGAGAGUCUGUCCUUCUUCGACAACCGACUCAGGUCGGUACCCCGGGACGCUCUAAGUGUGCUCCCUAACCUGAAGUUCCUCGACCUGAACAGAAACCCAAUCACCCAAAUCCAGCAGGGGGACUUUCAGAACCUUCAGCACCUGGAGGAGCUCAGUCUGAACAACAUGGAGGAGCUGCUGAUGGUAGAGCAAGCAGCUUUUCACAACCUCCCAGAAAUCACUAAACUGGACCUGUGCAACAACCCACAGCUGUCCUACAUCGACCCGCGGGCCUUCAGUGACUUGUCCUCCAUCCGCUCUCUGCUGCUCAGUAACAACCAGCUGAGCUUCCUCUCUGGACACCUCCUCUUCUCCCUCCCCACUCUAGAGGAGUUGUCACUACACUCCAACCCGCUGAGAUGUGACUGCCUGUCCUCCUGGGGCCCCCACCUUGGUAACCAGUCACAUCUCAAACUGCUGGAUGCAUCCGUCACCCUCUGCUCCUCCCCGUCACAUUUGACUGGUCAGCAGCUGCAGGACGUGGUAGCCAUGAGGUGGGCGGGGCCGGACAGUAUUGAAGGUGGGGCCAACAGCUGCCUGCCUCACAUCUCUCCUCACUCCUUCCCCCUCGUCAUGAAUGUCAGUGCUGGGCAGCCAAUCACAUUGAAGUGCUGGGCCGAUGCUGACCCCUCCCCCCAGUUCUACUGGGUGACACCCACUGGAGACAAGGUGAGCUCAGAGGUGAUGGCUGCUGCCAUCGUAUCGGAGGAGGGACAUGACCUAAGCAGGAAGAUGAAGCAUCGGGUGUCAGAGCCUGGAGCACUGGUGAUUGAGCAUGCAGAGCCGUCGGACACAGGUGUUUACACCUGCGUAGCAUGGAACUCGGACGGGGCCGAUACUAAGAGCAUCUCAGUGUUUGUGGACUCUCCGGGUUCAGGGGGCCAGUGGUCAGAGAAGGUCCAGCAGGGGACAGAGCCCAACGGAGAACAUGCCUGGACAAGCAACUCUUUGAGCCGAGCAGCGUCUCUGGUGGUUCUUGCUAAGGUAGUUCACGCCCAGUCAGUGGUGUUGGAGUGGAAGCUGUAUCCCAGCACCGGACAAUUGCUGGAGGGUCAGAACCAGCAGGAUGCCCCACUCACUCUGCCCUGGUGGGCCAGCGCCUCUGUGCACAUUGACAACCCUCAGAUCAGCUAUACCACCAAGGUCCCGGUUGAUGUUCAGGAGUAUAAUCUGACUCACCUCCUUCCUGCCACUGAGUACCACGUCUGCCUCACAGUCUCCUCAUUUCCUCCCCCCUCCACUGCCUCUCCCUCCUCACCUGUACAUACUUCUUGUCUAAACAUCACCACCAAGGAAGCGUCUUUCUCGGUGGAGCUGGUAGCAUCGCGGCGUAGCGGUGUGGCCUUGGCGGCUGUCAUGGGCUCCAUGUUUGCGUUAUCCCUCAUGGCGUUGCUGGUGGUCUACAUGGGCCGACGCGUUCGGCAGCACAAGUCUUGCGGCCACUCACUGAAGACGUACAUGAAACACGCCACGUCCAUUCCGCUGAAUGAGCUCUACCCACCGCUGAUCACGCUAUGGGAGAGCGAAGCUGACAAGGAGAAGGACGACAAGGAGGAAGAAGGACGGGAGUGGGAGGGGGAGGGUGGGGGUAGUCAGAUAGACACAACAAAGACCUACAUGUGGUAGCAGAAGGAGACAAGGCCAGAAUGACCAAAGGUGGUUCAGGUGUCAAGAAACUGACCAAGAUUAAAAUCAAAGGAGGAGGACCUAGCGGGGCCCAUCACUCACAAAUGCAGCAUCUUCCUCAUUCUGGUGGAUUAUCACAGAUACUGUUCCCUGGUGCGUUCACUGUAUUUUUACAGGUCGUUUGUUUGUUGUCUCUCCUUCGUUUGUUUGUUGGGCUGUAACUUGUGAAUUAAGUUACUUAGUUAAUUCACUAAAUAUUCUUAUGCGCACACAAUUCAAUUUUAUUUGCACAGCACCCGGUAAGGCACUUUACACAACUAAACCCAACAAAUCCCACAUACAGCAAGUCUUUAAUUAUAAUUUAACAGCAACAGUGGAAAGGAAAAACUCCCUCUCUAAUGAGGAAAAAACCUCCAGCAGAACCAGGCUGGAUGUGCCUCGACCGGUUGGGGUGAGAGGAUAGAGAGAGAGAAAAGCACAGCAACAACAAACAAGCAACAACAGAGCACAGGCAGGAUGGUUGGACCAGAGACUGGACACAGGCAGGAUGGUUGGAUCAGAGACUGGACACGGGCAGGAUGGUUGGACCAGAGACUGGACACAGGCAGGAUGGUUGGAUCAGGGACCAGACUGGACACAGGCAGGAUGGUUGGAUCAGAGACUGGACACAGGCAGGAUGGUUGGACCAGAGACUGGACACAGGCAGGAUGGUUGGACCAGAGACUGGACACAGGCAGGAUGGUUGGAUCAGGGACCAGACUGGACACAGGCAGGAUGGUUGGAUCAGAGACUGGACACAGGCAGGAUGGUUGGACCAGAGACUGGACACAGGCAGGAUGGUUGGAUCAGGGACCAGACUGGACACAGGCAGGAUGGUUGGAUCAGAGACUGGACACAGGCAGGAUGGUUGGACCAGAGACUGGACACAGGCAGGAUGGUUGGAUCAGGGACCAGACUGGACACAGGCAGGAUGGUUGGAUCAGAGACUGGACACAGGCAGGAUGGUUGGACCAGAGACUGGACACAGGCAGGAUGGUUGGAUCAGGGACCAGACUGGACACAGGCAGGAUGGUUGGAUCAGAGACUGGACACAGGCAGGAUGGUUGGACCAGAGACUGGACACAGGCAGGAUGGUUGGACCAGAGACUGGACACAGGCAGGAUGGUUGGAUCAGGGACCAGACUGGACACAGGCAGGAUGGUUGGAUCAGAGACUGGACACAGGCAGGAUGGUUGGACCAGAGACUGGACACAGGCAGGAUGGUUGGAUCAGGGACCAGACUGGACACAGGCAGGAUGGUUGGAUCAGAGACUGGACACGGGCAGGAUGGUUGGACCAGAGACUGGACACAGGCAGGAUGGUUGGAUCAGGGACCAGACUGGACACAGGCAGGAUGGUUGGAUCAGAGACUGGACACGGGCAGGAUGGUUGGAUCAGAGACUGGACUGGACACAGGGAGGACACGACACAAAGCUGAGUCCAAUGAUACCUGUAGGUGAGGACAGAGUGAGGGAGAGAGAGACACAAACGCAAGCAUACACAUACAUUCUUUAGGUGCCAACUUGUAUUUUUCAACUGUUUUAAAUCCAUCAUUUCUUAAAAGCAGAAACUGGUUUAAUGACUUUUGUGGUUAUGAGGCUAAAAUAUAGAAGCGUUUGAUUUUAUUUUUGUUGCUGUGGAUGCUGGUGGAUCUUCUGUGCUUCUCAGCCUAAGGCUCGGUGGCGCUGACAGUAGCUGGACUGUUAAAAUAUUUUUGUAUUAUUGUAACUUAAACACUGUCAAAUAUUUCACUCGAACCUUUUCACCUACAUUUCCCAGAAGCUGCAGACACCAAAUCAUUAAACCUUACCUGAACAGAU